GCUACAACGCUUCCUCACACAUCACGCUUGUUUCCUGGUCGUUGCUAACAACCUGCUGCCUGCAACUUGGUCCGUCCGCUACCCACUCAUGCAUACACGGUUUCCAGCGGUUGUGUUUUCGGGAUGUAUGCGAGGAUGAAGCCGUGUCGACGCUGAGUGCAGUCGGACCCUCCGCUCCGUGCCGGCGGGCCGCAUGGUGCUCCGUGUCUCUCUGCCUGCUUUCUGACGCUUGGGGUUGCAGUCUGGCCUCCAGCCGCGGCUGCGAAUUACCUUCAUUUCUCAGCGUCGCCUUGCUCUGAAAUCAUGUUUAUUUUAUAAAGAUGGCGGUGAGGGGGACACUGUGAACUAAAUGACUGUCAGAAACAUCGCCUCCAUUUGUAAUAUGGGCACCAAUGCCUCUGCUCUGGAGAAAGACAUUGGCCCGGAGCAAUUCCCAAUCAAUGAACACUACUUUGGAUUGGUCAAUUUUGGAAACACAUGUUACUGUAACUCAGUGCUCCAGGCUCUCUACUUCUGCCGGCCUUUCCGGGAGAACGUGCUGGCUUACAAAGCCCAGCAGAAGAAGAAGGAGAACCUGCUCACAUGCCUGGCUGACCUCUUCCACUCCAUUGCCACACAGAAGAAGAAAGUGGGCGUCAUCCCGCCCAAGAAGUUCAUCUCCCGCCUACGGAAGGAGAACGACCUGUUCGACAACUACAUGCAACAGGACGCCCACGAAUUUCUCAACUACCUGCUAAACACAGUGGCCGACAUCCUACAAGAGGAGAAGAAGCAAGAAAAGCAGAACGGACGCCUCAAGAACAAUGGCACCGCCGUCACAACGGAGACCGAGACGGAGAACAAGACAGAGCCCACAUGGGUUCACGAUAUCUUCCAAGGCACACUGACCAAUGAGACACGCUGCCUCAACUGUGAAACGGUGAGCAGCAAAGAUGAAGAUUUUCUUGAUCUUUCUGUGGAUGUGGAGCAGAACACAUCAAUAACACACUGUCUCAGGGACUUCAGCAACACAGAGACUUUGUGCAGUGAAUACAAAUACUACUGUGAGACAUGCUGCAGCAAGCAGGAAGCACAGAAGCGGAUGCGUGUGAAGAAGCUUCCCAUGAUCUUGGCAUUACACCUGAAGAGGUUUAAGUACAUGGAGCAGCUGCACCGCUACACCAAGCUCUCAUAUCGAGUGGUUUUCCCCCUAGAGCUCCGUUUGUUCAACACGUCUGGGGAUGCUGUUAACCUGGAUCGCAUGUACGAUUUAGUGGCUGUGGUGGUUCACUGUGGCAGUGGCCCAAACAGAGGUCAUUACAUCACCAUAGUGAAGAGUCAUGGCUUCUGGCUGCUGUUUGAUGAUGACAUUGUGGAGAAAAUCGACGCCCAGGCCAUCGAGGAGUUUUACGGACUUACCUCAGACAUCUCGAAGAACUCUGAGUCGGGAUACAUCCUCUUCUACCAGUCCAGGGAGUGACUGGAGCUGGAUCAGUGACACAGGAGAAGACUGAACAGGAUUUUCUCUUGUUUUGUUUUUUUACCUUCAGCCGAACAGACCCAGACUCCUGCCAUCUCCAUCCCAUCCUGCUCCCAUUCCCCAAGUCAGUCGUCUCUGACAUGUGCCAAUCCUCUGUCCCAACACCAACCUCUGGGUAUACCUGUGCUUCAUCUCUGUCUCUCUCUGUCUCUCUCUGUCUCUCUCUGUCUCUCUCUCUCUCUCUCUCUCUCUCUCUCUCUCUCUCUCUCUCUCUCUCUCUCUCUCUCUCUCUCUCUCUCUCUCUCUGUAAUUUGCUUCUUGCCUUUUAGUCACCUGCAUCUGGACUGCACUUUAAAACAAAAGCAAAAAUGCUCAACUGCACGACGGAAACAAAAAGGAGUCUACGUUCACAUCGAGCCCCAUACACUCGGUGAAAGGGUGUAGACUGGUGGGAGAAGCUUGCAGAGGAGAUUCUCUACCAGGAACGAAGGGUCUGGUGCACAUACAGACAGAAAUUGUACUAUAUCAUUUCUAUGUAUAUAAGGUCUACUUCCAUGAUGUGUCACCCCCUCAUAACUCCUUUCAUUAGGGCUAUUUUCCCCCAUCACUGUCCAGUCCUUUGAUAUGUCCAUGUCCCUGGUGGAUGCAUGAGAAGUGAAUGAAGUUGGAGACAAACACUGUAUAAUACGCUUAGAGAGAUUUCAUGCAUUUGGAGUGGGGUUUGAAGCAAUAUCUGAGUAGAGAGUAGAGAGAACUCACAAGCUGGAAACUACCUAAACCUAAACUGUAGAGGUUUUGUCCCAUGGAGAAUCACUCUUUGAGCUGCUGUCUGUCUUUCUCUGCUGUGCAACUCCUGUUAGUCUGACCAGACAUAAUCAAUACUUUAACACUCAAUCUAAACUGAGCCAGAUGCUCUAACACUACACAUGAAAGGAAAUCCUGCCGUUUUCUCCGUCAGAUAGCUCACCAUUGAAAUCAGCCGAAUCUUUAUAAUUUUUUUAUUCUGAUAGAGAACCCCUAUUUAUUGAAUUUAAUAUAUUUAUUACUGUUACUUGUAAUGCAUACUGGUAGAAAAUGGUGUGUGUGUGUGUGUGUGUGUGUGUGUGUGUGUGUGUGUGUGUGUGUGUGUGUGUGUGUGUGUGUGUGUGUGUGUGUGUGUGUGUGUGUGUGUGUGUGUGUGUGUGUGUGUGUGUGUGUGUGUGUGUGUGUGUGUGUGUGUGUGUGUGUGUGUGUGUGUGUGUGUAAUAUAGCAUAGCUCUUUUGUGAGCCUUGUAUGUUAAAAACCUGUAUGUCUAAGCUCUCAGUGUGAAGGACAAAGGUGUAUAUAAUACACAACUCGAUAGGACAAUUUUGUAGUUUGCAUGUUAAAUAAAAGGGGGAGACAGAUUAACACGAUGCAAGUAACAACCCAGAACUGCCUGAUAUUUUGAUUGACAUGAAACAGUAACAAUAGUGCAAUAAGAGGUGAAGUUAUCCAAUGUGGAAUUUCCCAGUGAGACUAAUAUGAAGUACAUUUAAAUGUUAGUAGUAGAUGUGUUUAUUAGCAGCUGAUCUUUUCCCAGUGCUGUUUUUGUGAUAUCAAAGUAAAUGCCCCCCUUCACCACGUGCAGUGCGCACUACUGGGACUGUAGCUAUAACCUUCUUUCAUCCAUCUUUUUUGUAACCUUACACAGCAGGGUUUUUCUUUUUUUUUUCCCCCACAGCUUAGUAGUGUUGUCUUGGUUUGUCUCUGACUUUGAUGGUGUAAAUUGUGUGUGUCAUAUGUAGCACAUUGAAAUCCUGAAUCACAUAGAGGUAAACUUCACUGUUAACUCAUACAACUUCCCUUGUACUGUAGAUGGUUUUUCUCUUCAGCCCAUUCCCCAGGGUCUGUGGCCGUAACCCUGUAGAAUAGCACGACGUCAAACAACUUGUUUUCAUGUGAAUGACAUUCCUGCACAUCAGAGGAAUUACCAAUUACCAUUUCAAACGCAUCUCAUUAUAUAUAAUAGGAAGGAAUAGGAUUAAUUUGCUAGUGUAGUGUCUGUCUAUUCAGGAGAGGCAGAACUUGAAGUGAAAAUAGUGAAACUCCGGGUGACGAAUGCACUUGUUUCUGCCGUCUCUUCCAUUUAGUCUGUUACUGGGUGACGUCACAAAGAAUACGUGCCAAACUGGAGUCGAUACUGACCUUGCAACAGUCUUUAACAGAACAUUAUUUUCUUUGUAAAGAUACAACUUGUACAUAUAUAUUAUGUAGAAAGACACUUCUGGAAAUAGGAAAAUAUUUUUUUAAAGUGAAGAUCUUAAAAUGUAAAGACACCCAUGGCAAAGAUUUUAGCAUUACACUAACCAUUAAUGAAACCCUGUUAAGAAAUACUGUUAUUUUACAAUCACUCAGUUACAUAAUCAAUCACAUUUGUGCGGAAGUCACCACCUGUCAUUACUUUUACUGGGUUGAACUGAAUCUGGAUAGAAAACAGUAGCAGGAAUAGCCUGAGACAUUUUAGACCGGGUGAAAGGAACACGACUCUUAAUGCGCAGAUCUUCCAUUAACACUUAUGCACUCGCCCUCACUGAGAUGCUCAGUUGUUGCACUUGGUCUUCUAUAUCUUACUGUGAUAGUAUUCUACCCAGGAGAGCUCACAGGGGAACUGAUCGAGCUUGUGGGAGGGAAAGAGGAGAUGAUACAAGUCUCCAUUUGGCUGUAAACUGAAAGUGCACUUUACUAGUGAUGAGCUUCAAUGCUUUAACAUGAAGAACCACAGUUUAACACACUCUUUUUUUUUCCUUCUGUUCAAUAAAAUGACUCAACUAA